UCCUCUUUGGUAUAAGUACUACAAAUCCCAGCAUGCGGUUCGAGUUCCAGGUAUGUCACGUGACUUGUGCCGCAUGUAAACAUUACCAGGACGCGGCUGUUUACGAACAUCUCGUGUCGCCGUUUUCUGCGUUAACGUCGUUAAUUCUGCGCGGAGGAGACCGACAGAGGAUGGAAAUUGAAAAUGCUCAGCCGUAUUUCUUUGGAGACAUCGGCUGCUGGGCAGAGAGAACGGAGGUGCACAAGGCAGCGUCACUCGGCCACACCUCCCAACUGCAGCACCUCAUCCAAAGUGGAGCUUCAGUCAAUGUUGUAGCAGUGGACUCCAUCACACCGCUGCAUGAGGCCUGCCUCCGCGGACAGGCCCAGUGUGUUAGGCUGCUGCUGGAUGCUGGAGCUCAGGUGGAUGUGAGGAACGUAGAUGGGAGCACCCCGCUAUGUGAUGCCUGUUCGGCAGGUAGUUUAGAGUGUGUGAGGCUCCUUCUGGAUCAUGGUGCCAAGGCCAACUCUGCCCUUACCUCCCGCACAGCCUCACCCCUCCAUGAGGCCUGUAUGGGAGGAAACUCGGACUGUGUGAAACUCCUGAUUGCCAUGGAUGCUUGUUUGGAGGCGUACGACAUAUAUUACGGGACCCCACUGCAUGUGGCUUGUUCAAAGGAACACACGGACUGUGUGAAAGUGCUGCUCAAUGCAGGUGCUAAAGUGAAUGCUGCCCGACUCCACGAGACUCCGCUGCACCAUGCUGCUAAAAACAUGCAGGUUGAGAUGAUAGAGAUACUGGUGGAGUUCGGGGCCAACAUAUACGCCAGAGAUCAGCACGACAGGAAACCUGUCGAUUACACCCCCCCAGGCUCUCCCUCUGCAGUCUGCCUAAAGUAUUAUGAGGCCAGUCCUAUGAGUCUUCAGCAGCUCAGCAGGUUGGCGGUGAGGAAGAGGCUGGGCACCAGAGCACUGAAAGCCAUAGGUCAACUGGACAUACCAAAACUCCUAAUUAGCUACCUCUGCUAUCAGUGAGUGCCACAUGGAGCCGGGAGCUGGAGCAGCGCUCAUAAAGACUGAAGACUCACAGAGCUGCUACGCAAUUCUGAAAAGAGCACAGCAAAGGUGCCACUGCAUUAGAUAUGAUUACAAUAGACACACAGUUUAGUCCCAAGCACAGUGUUGAACCUAAACCUCAGGGCUUGCAAGAGCGGGGUUAAGACAGGUAAUUUUAUAUCACACUAAUGGUAAUAUAUCAGGCAACAGUCAUUGUUACAUAAAUGUAAUGUUUAGAAAAUGGUUUAAAACAACCAAACCGUCAAACGUUCUUUUAAAAUCUAAGUGUUCAGGUAUCAGAUGAGAACAACAGCUUCCAGUGAAUGAUGCCUUCUGCUGUGAAUAUACAAUAUCAUUAGUCAGGGAUACUGAGGUAAAGCUCCCACAGUGGGAACGGUUUUACCUGAUCUCGACCAGUGAACACAUUUCUACUGCUGCAUGGUGUAUACUGUCAUAUCGCCCUUGUGUGGAAUGGUCUGGUCCUUAUUUUGACAAUGUUCUGAUUCAUGCGCAUGCACAAGAAAGAUCACUACCCGAACCUGAUGUAAAGAGGUUGUUUCAUACGCAGGAGGCCGCGAAGAUUGAAAACAUUUUUGUUGAAGCAGCAGACACCUUACCAUUAACACCCUGUGAGCACUUUGCGUGAUUAUUGCCAUUAGCAAAGUCAGAGUACCUAACUUUAUGGCCUACUUAAGACAGUAUUCUGGUAUUGUUACGCCUUGGGCUUUUACUUACAUGUUAUGGUGUGUAUAGGAUUCAUAUGCAACAGAACUUUUGAAAUGGUUUUAGUAGAUCACCCGACCAAUGGCGGCAAUGUAAUCCUUUAAGGCAACUCGAGCUGCAAAGUUGGGUUGACUCAAAGUGCUUGUUUGUGCAGGUACAGGCUGUGACAUGCUGAGCUUGUCGAAUUCCCCUUUUAAAAUGGGGACUCAUACUUAUUUUUUAUAUAGUGCAUGUAAACCUACUGGUUGGAUUUCGACAGUUAACUUGCUGCCAGGAAGUGAUAAUCCUAGAAUAGCAUCUUCUUUCUCGACAAAGCUGCACUCACCACUUUAGUCUCGUCUCUAUAAACUACCCCUCUGGCUUGGCUUGGCUGGGUAAACGUGAGCACUGCGUGAAGGAUAUUUUUGUUGGCCAGGGUUUGUUGAUGCCAAUGGAGGCGCCAAUGUGUAAUCUUAACUAUAAAUUGCAGCUAUAAAAGUCUUAAACAGCAUGUAAUGUUAGGCUUCUAAUUUUAGAGAUAUUUUAAAUGAGUGUUUAUUAAACUAGAGAACAAGUGUCAGAGCUCAGGGAGAGUAAGAAGACAAAAGGCAUGGUGGUGUUCUUUUGGAUUUGCUGGGAGUGUGCACGCAAGGCACUUAACUCGCAGGUGUUGCGUAAAUGCUGAGUAGCAGUUAAAAAUGUGCAGGAAGGCAUUGCUCAGUCAACAUUCCCUGCAUUACUAAAGGUUGUAUAUUGAUUUAAGGUAACAUCCAGAGGAACAGCUAGCAGCGUUAGUCACAGCAGCACUCGGAUUCGACACUCUCCAGAUGCUGCUUGGCAUCAUCUCAGAUUCCUGUGAUGCAAACCCCCGAGCCUGGCAGCAGCCUUUGUUUGAUACAGACACUGAAGUUAGAAGGAAGUGUUCAUUCUGGCUGCCUAUUUAUAACCUUUGUCCGUUGCUCCAUUUAAUCUGCUUAUAGAGACGACCCAGAGAGCUCAGUGAGGCCUCAGUAUUUUUAGAAGGCGGUGCAGGAAGUUGUUUAUGAAUUCCAUAAAGUGCUUCUAAGUUGACGUGACCUGUUUUGGAAGUUGCAUAACCUUUAUUCGUCUGUUGAGGUUGACUCAGGCCAAACACUCUGCCUGAAUUUGUUGUCGGAAGCGGAACAUAGAUUACUCUUACCAGCAGGACAAUGCAGGAUAAGUCAAAGGCAUGUGGCCACACAUUACAAGAUGAGAAGUCAUGAGGGCUUUUAUUCAGGUGUGUCUCUUUCUCCUCAGACCAAGACAUAAAUCGGAUGGAUUAGUUUCUUCUUUUUCUUCUUUGUUUUUCAGCCUUUUUUCUGACUUCUGACUGUCUAUCCUUAAGUUGUCACCUCCGUCGAGACAGGACAUCUUCGCACAGGAACACGCAUUCCAUUUUUGACAGGGAGCUUUGUUUGAAGUAACUGAGGACACUCAGCCAGAAUGUAUUAUGAAAAAUACAAUUUGUUCACCAGCUUCUACCACAUUUACCACAGGCGCUUUUACAUAGUUGAGUUGGAGCUGACAGCUCGGUAACUAAUAGCUUUGCUCUUUCCCCUGAGGUACUUUACGUUGGCCUGCACAUAUACCCACUGGGCAGGUUUGUGAGGGUUCUUGUCUUAUCUGCUGCACAAGUGAUUCCCUGCUUCGUAAAUGCACAUCUUAAAGGGACAUUUAGCUCCAAAAGCAAACCUUUACUUACCCGUAGUGCUGUUUAUCCAUCCAUCCAUUGUUUUGGUGUGAGCUGCCGAGUUUUGGAGAAAUCGGUUUUAGAGAUGUCUGUCCUCCCUCCAAUAUAAUGGGACUAGAUGGCACUCGGGUUGUGGUGCUUAAAGGGCCAACAAAAAAUGUUUUUAAACAGAAGUCUCUUUUCAGAAAUCAUGGCCUGGUUACUCAAGAUAAUCAACAGACCUUUGUUUGAGUAGUUUCAUGUAGGAAUGUAGCGUUGAAUACAGCGUUUCACAAAGUCGAUGCAGUUUCUCCAAUAGAAGCAGCCUUUAGCCUUAAGCCUUCAGUUUAACAACCAUUCAUACCUUCAUUCACCAACCAUUCAUUCAUCUAGGCCUAGUAACCCAAUGACUAUGUAAGGACACUCCUACACAGGGUUUAAGAGCCUGCAACUCCCCUCCGGUUUGUUAGAACUGAAGAAGCCUUUUGGAUGAGAGGUGAAACGAGGCCAGUUGCAGACAGUAUACCACCUAGAAUGAACUGCACUAAACAGCAAUGCUGAUCUCUGGCGUAAAUGUUCCCCCGGAGUUGCCCCCGAAACUCCACUAGGAUCUCUAUCGCUCUCGUGCAGUCUGGCAGCAUUCACUUUAGCAACGUCAUCAAUAACAACAUCUCCAAAACUCUGCAGUUCACACUAAAACAAUCUAGAUAGAUAAAUAAUGUAUUUUGGAUUUCGGGGCUACAAAAUGUGGCCCUCAUCACAUUUUAAGAUCUCUUUCUUGCUUUCCCUUUUCCCCCUUCAGCUAUAACACACCGUCCACGUGCUUUACUGACAUCACCCUUAAAGAUUUUUAGCCGAUUAAGUUCACAACUUCCAAACCUUUCAGUUCUAUCUGGGGCUGCCAGCAGGAACUUUUACCUUGUGCAGCUUUCACACACAAGAAGCCAUCUGUGGGCCUUUAUGGAGGUCCGCACCUGUGCGUUUACUGUUUGUCUGAGUGAUCUUUGCAAGGCAUUCAAAAGCAACAUUUUAUGCUUUCAGACCCUCGUCCAAAUCUCUCAAUUCACUCCCCUUGGCUCUUUCCCUAAACGUGCCCGGGCUGCACGAUGCUGGCCUGAAUGUGCAGCUUGUCUGCUGCACUCCAUAAAUAUGCCAAGCUCUCGCAGUUUGUUUAAUCAAAGAUCUGAAUUCCUAAAAGUUGAUCCUCCAUCACUGGAAGAUAUUUUGACUAGUUUUCAUGCUACAAAAAUGCUGUCAAAACAAUUAAUAAUAAUCCUGAGCCUGAGUAAUCUUGAAGCGCAGAUUUCUCCUUCUUCCCAUGGAGUGCUCCCUUUAAGACUUGUCAACAGGCUUUUUCUACUUACGGCUUAAAAUAACCGCCACAAAACAUGCUUGGGUUCAAAGUAGUUGAAGUCUUCAGAAGGGACUGGAAAAAGCGGAGGAGAGGAGGGCAGGCAUGCGGGGAAUGUCCAGUUAUCUAAGAUGAGAAAUGGUCCUGGUUCCAUAAUAGGAAUGUUGAAGCUCAGGUUGAUGGUUGGUUUGUUGUGAAAAUUUACUGCACAUAGCCCACUGAUAUAUCUGUUUAAGGUGCUACAAAAAGCUGAUCAUCCCACAAAUAUGAAUGUGACGAAUGUUAAUUUAUUGAAUAAAUUGUUCUGUCGACAAGUUUGA